AUGGUUUCUCCCUGGUCGGCACGCAAGGUCAGGUGGACGAGCGUCAAGGAGAUGGACAUUGACUUCCUGUACCGCCACUUAUCCCGUCCCAAAGGCUAUAUCUUCCCGACAGUUAUGGCGCCCAAGUGGCCGCCUCCCACAUCUGAGUGGAAACCUCGGCUGGCGUGCUCUGACCAGAUCACGGCCUUAUCCGCCCAAGAGCCUUGGGAGACAGCCACACGUCGGAUUGCGUCGAUCUCCUUCCCUCGUACCGGCUGGUUCGAUUACCUCGCCUCUCUGUACUUGGAGUUUGAGGAUCGAAACCGACAGGCUUUGGGGGAGUCGACACACACGAUCUUCAUUUCCAUUGAACAGCGGGUCAGCAUUCCUGAGCUGGAAACGGCGGAAGCAGCGUCGGUCGCGAUCUGGGCCUCGGUGGAAGGCGAUCCUUCGAUUCAUCUUGCAAGGUAUGAUCGCAGGUCAUUGUGA